CCCGGGUGCUGACGCGUUAGUGAUGUGGCCCAAACCCCCCCACUAUCCAGUUUUGUCAAUCGGGCACACGAGCUUGUUUGUCAAUCUCACGAGUUGUUGACCUCUGGUUUUUUUUUCCUUCAUCCCGCCCCUUCCGGUUGAGCCGGACCAAACAUCACGCACGCGACCACCAAAACUCUCCUGCCUCACACAAGGUAGGCAACAAACAGCCAUGGCGUCGGCUCGCGGCGCCUUGCAAUGGACAUGUCGAGAACUCGGCCUCACCUCUGUGUGGGUGACUGGUCGGGACGCAUGGCUCGUCAUCCUCGGCCGGACGUGCCGCAUGUUUGCCUUUGGCGCCAUCUCUCUCAUCAUUGCCCUCUUCAUGUCGUCACUCAACUACUCCGACUUCAAGAUCGGCCUGUUCAUGACCCUGACUCUGGUCGGCGACGUGAUCCUCUCGCUCCUCACCGCCCUGGUCGCCGACCGCACCGGCCGCCGCCGCAUCCUCAUCCUCGGCGGCGCCCUCAUGGUCUUCUCGGGCCUCGUCUUCGUCUACUUUGAGAACUACUGGAUCCUGCUCUUCGGCGCCGUUGUCGGCGUCAUCAGCGCCACGGGCGGCGACUUUGGGCCCUUUCGCUCCAUCGAAGAGUCGACGCUGUCGCACCUCACCGAGCCCUCGACCCGUGCCGAUGUCCUGUCCUGGUACGUGACCAUUUCGACCAUGAGCUCGGCCGUGGGCACCGAAGUCGCCGGCCGCAUGGUCCACGUCCUCCAGGAGUGGCGCGGCGGCACCGUCACCGAGGCAUACCAUGACAUGUUCUGGAUCUACGCCGCCAUGGGCGUCACCUCGCUCAUCUGCGCCCUCCUCAUGAGCGACAAGUGCGAGUCGCCCGACUUGAUGGCGGAUACAGACGAUAAAUCCCCCGACGCGGAUCCGCUUCUAGGCCCCGCGGAACACGAUCGCAUCAACGGCUAUCAGGGAGAUGCAAUUGCACAAGGCAAUGGCCGGGACCGAUCUGAUUCGGUUCAACUUGACGCGGACCAGCAGCAGCGACGACUACGUCCCGCAAGUCCAGUCGGGCGAGAUGAGCCGCGCAGGAACGGGCUCUUCAGCCGCUUCUCUCAAAUAUCCAAAGAGUCACUGGUCGUCUCCAUCAAAAUCUGGAUCCUGCUCGCCAUCGACUCACUGGCAGACGGCAUGGUCUCGUACGCGCUGACCAACUACUACCUCGCGCGCAAGUUCAGCCUGGACGAGUCGGUCUUGGGCGACAUCAUGUCCAUCAGCUACGUCCUCAUGGCCGUCUCCUCCAUGUUCGCCGGACCACUUGCCCGGCACCUAGGACUCAUCAACACCAUGGUAUUCACGCACCUGCCAUCUUCCACCGCGGUUCUGCUCUUCCCGAUCCCCCAGAGCGUGUCGCUGACGGUGGUGCUCCUCUUCAUCCGCACCGGCCUCAACAACAUGGACCAAGGCCCCCGGGCCGCCUUCAUCGCAGCCGUCGUGAAGCCCGAGGAGCGCACUGCCGUCAUGGGCAUCACGGGCAUGCUUCGAACGCUGGCGUCCACCGUCGGCCCCAGUCUGACUGGUUGGCUUGCUGGCACCGACCGGUUCUGGAUUGCCUUUGUCAUCGCUGGCGCCUUGCGAAUUGGUUAUGACCUGGGCCUAUUCGUCAUAUUUGUGAACAUGAAAUUGCACGCUCAUGAAUUACCAGAGGAACACGAGCAGAGUGAUGAGGAGGCUCCUACAUGUAGCGGCCAGAAUGGACGUGUUGGGAAUGAAGAUUAAAACGGCGGGACUGGACUUGGUGUCUUAUCAGAAUUCGUCAGUAGCGACUGACUUGGCUUGUGGGAACCUAAAACAUGACGGCGCAACCACAUGGAUGCCUUCUUAUGAAAACAGCAUGCAUGUUUCUAAACUAGCUAGCAAAACUACUGUAGUAAUGUAAGAUAUGAUUCGGAUGAUGGC